AUGAUCAGAAAAAGAAGAGCCACCAACCUUAAAACCCUCAAACAGAUUCACGCUUCAAUGAUCGUGAACGGUUUCACUUCCAACGUUGGUUUACUCACUGAACUUGUCUUCACCGCCGCCAUGUCAAUCAUGGGCCCCACUAGUACUACAAUCACAGAAUACGCACACCAAGUGUUCGCUCAAAUUUCUGAACCAGACACCUUCAUGUGGAACACCAUGAUCAGAGGAUGCUCUCAGAGCCCCAAUCCAGUGCAAGCGGUCGCACUCUAUGCCCAGAUGGACCAGCGUUUCGUGAAGCCUGAUAACUUCACUUUCCCCUUCGUCCUCAAGGCUUGCACCAAGCUUUUCUGGUUCAAGACCGGUUCGGCGGUUCAUGGCCGGGUUGUUAGUUUGGGGUUCGGUUCAAACACGUUUGUGAGGAACACCCUUUUGUUCUUUCACGCUAACUGUGGAGAUUUAAAGAUUGCAACCGCGCUCUUUGAUGAUUCGGAUAAGGGUAAUGUGGUUGCUUGGUCUGCACUCAUUGCUGGGUAUGCGAGACGAGGGGAUUUGAGUGUUGCGCGCCAACUGUUCGAUGAAAUGCGUGUGAAAGAUUUGGUGUCGUGGAAUGUGAUGAUCACCGGGUAUGCGAAGCAAGGGGAGAUGGAGAGUGCUAGGAUGCUUUUUGAUGAGGCACCCAAGAGGGAUGUGAUUACUUGGAAUGCCAUGAUCACGGGUUAUGUGCUUAGCGGCUCGAAUCAGCAGGCUUUGGAGUUGUUUGAUGAGAUGAGCAGGGUUGGGGAUUGCCCAGAUGAGGUCACAUUGUUGAACUUGUUGUCUGCUUGUGCUGAUUUGGGAGAUUUGGAAAAUGGUCAAAAGAUACAUGCCAUGAUCUUGGAGAUGAGACCGGGAGAGUUGAGCACAUUAUUGGGGAAUGCUCUUGUGAAUAUGUAUUCCAAGUGUGGAAGCAUAGCAAAAGCGCUUCAUGUGUUUUGGUUAAUAAGAGAUAAAGAUGUAGCCUCAUGGAACUCGGUCAUUGGUGGGUUGGCUUUUCAUGGCCAUGCUGAGGAAUCACUUGGUCUGUUUAGGGAGAUGGAGAGGACCAAGGUUUGUCCAAAUGGGAUCACCUUUGUUGGUGUUUUGGCAGCUUGCAGUCAUGCUGGGAAAGUUGAUGAGGGUUAUCAAUAUUUUGAUCUCAUGAGAAGUAAGUAUAAGAUUGAGCCAAACAUUAGGCAUUGCGGGUGUAUGGUAGACAUGCUAGGGCGUGCUGGACUUCUAAAGGAAGCAUUUGACUUCAUAGCCUCGAUGAAGAUUGAACCUAAUGCAAUUGUUUGGAGGACUCUGCUUGGAGCAUGCAAAGUUCAUGGAGACGUUGAGUUUGCAAAACAGGCAAAUGAACAUCUGCUUAGAAUGAGAAGAGACCAGAGUGGUGACUAUGUACUGUUGUCAAACAUAUAUGCCUCACGAGGUGAGUGGAAUGGGGCUGAGAAGGUACGCAAGUUAAUGGAUGAUAGUGGCGUGACGAAAAAUCCUGGCUCUAGCUUUGUUGAAGCAUAUAGUUGA